CCUGCCCCGCCUUCCCCCCAGCCGGGGCUGCCCGUCGGUGCUGCCCUCCGCCUGGAGUCCCUGCUUCCUCCUUAGAGGGCAGCAGCAGAGCGUGUCGGGGACGCAUGCGUCCCAAUUUGCGCCCGGGGAAUUAAAAGAAAAGAGGGGGGAAAAAGCCCCAGCGCAACACGCGCCCCAAACAAAACCUAAGUGCAGGAAAGCGCGCGGCCGCGCAGACCUGGGCCGUGCAGGCGUCUCGGCCUCGCCCGCGUCCCCGGCCGCGGCGUGAUGCGCACGGACUGGCCCGCGACGCCCGGCCCCGCGACUGUCCCCGCACCUGGACGCCGGCCGGGUGGCCGCGCCCCAGCCGCGCUCGCUCGCCGCCGCCGCCGCCGCCGCGGCCGUCUCCCAGUGUGCCGCGCCGUGGGGCACCUCGCUCCCCAUGGGGCCGCGGGACUGGCUGAGGACCGUGUGCUGCUGCUGCCCGUGCAGGUGCCUGGAGGGGCCCGCCGUGCCCGAGAAGGAGCCCCUGGUCAGUGAUAGCAAUCCAUAUUCUUCAUUUGGAGCGACGCUGGUGAGAGAUGAUGAAAAGAAUUUGUGGAGCAUGCCUCACGAUGCGUCCCACACAGAGGCAGAUGACGACCGAAUCCUGUACAAUUUGAUAGUCGUUCGAAAUCAGCAGGCCAAGGAUUCAGAGGAGUGGCAAAAACUCAACUAUGAUAUCUACACCCUGCGACAGAUUCGAAGGGAAGUGAGGAAUAGGUGGAAACGCAUUUUAGAAGAUUUAGGCUUUCAAAAGGAAGCAGACUCUUUGUUGUCAGUGACGAAACUCAGCACCAUCAGUGAUUCCAAAAACACAAGGAAAGCUCGGGAGAUAUUGUUAAGAUUGGCUGAGGAAACCAAUAUUUUUCCAGCAAGUUGGGAGCUCUCGGAGAGAUAUCUCUUUGUUGUGGACCGUCUUAUUGCUCUUGAUGCAGCAGAAGAGUUCUUUAAAAUUGCCAGUCGAACUUAUCCCAAGAAACCUGGGGUCCCAAACCUGGCAGAUGGCCAGAAAGAACUGCACUACCUUCCAUUUCCAAGUCCCUAAAGGAGAGGCUGGGAGGCAGAGCUGGGAUUCUCCCACGGAGACACAACAGCCAGCCCAAGUGGGACAAAUGCAUACAGGAGACCGUAAGCACGUUGAGGGCCAGUUAAGUGAAAAAUGAUUCUAAAUCCUAUUAAAAACUAGGGGUUUGGAUAUCUGGUCUUCAUGAGGAUGCCACUGUAGGAAAAGUUCAGGUUGCAUUGAAACAGCCUGGUGAUCUUGCAUCAGGGAGUUAGGGUGAUAUUUCCUCAUGGGGGAUUGGAUUUCAAGAGCCCAUUGUCCCCAUUUGGGUUUUGGUUGUACAAUAAACUCUUGUCACUAAGCCUAUUGGGGGAAUGGGGUGCUCUAGUUAGGAAAACAAUAAGAUUGAUAGAGCUAUUGUUGAGCCCAAAUAUGGAUUACUGAAUUUUAAAUAAUUAUUAUAUAAUAUAGGCUAAUGCCAAAAUAACGCCAGGCUUUAUGCGACCUUUCUUGGAUUUGGAAGAUCCUCCAAGACCUUGGAGGUGUCAGAGGCAUCAUUUUGAAUAUGAGUUAUGUAUUCAGAGGUUUAGAUACAGUAGAUGAUGGGAAUAUCUAAGAGUGCUGCUCAGAAGGGAGUUCCAAAUAGAUCGAUCCCAGGCAGAGCUUCCUUCAGCUCUGUCUUCAGUUGUGGGACACACGUCUUAAAUUCUAAAUAUUAGCAAUACCUGGAUACCUCAUUUUUGCAUACUAUCCAUUUCUAGACCCCAAGCCCUUGAUAUUUUAUCUGGAAUAGCAUCUGUACACUGGAAUGUUUGACCUCCACUUCCUUCUCUUCUCUUUAAUCUGUUUCUGGCGUCUUGGCUGAGAGUUGUACCUGCCCAGUGACCUUUAGCACAGACUUGUGUCUCUGCGUCUGCAGGCAAUAUUGCACGGAAGAAGGUCAUUGCUGUACUUUCUUCCAUUCAGAAGAGGAUUUCCAAGAUGGAGCAGUGCUGAAUUAUAGCUUGCUUCUAGCCACAGACUGAGAAGUCCAGCCUCAAAAGUUACUUGCCACUUAAGCAAGGAGGUUGCCAGGAAAUCAUGGUUCAUGUUAUUGAAAAGACUUUCAGAACCUGUAGGAUUUACCCAUAGAUUACUGAGAACAAUGGCGAUAUUUUUACUUUUACAGACUUUGCUCUUCUAACUUCAGGUGAAAAGGAACUUGAAUUAGUCUGUCCAGGGGAUCAUGACUUGAAAACUUUCUGAUUAGCUCUUUCAGUAGUGCACACAAUGUUUGAAGUAUCUGUUAGAGGAGACACACGUUCUCCAUUUAUUAAUGCAUUGUAGACCAGAUUAACUGACAUGUUUCAGGAAGAUUCUUUCUAGUUUAGCAAGUAAACUAAAAGUUUUAUUUUUUAUAUUUAAUGCUUAAUCUCUCUCUUGUGUUGUUUAAAAUUAGCCUGCAGAUAAUUUCCCUCACUUCUGUAGGCUCUCGCGGGAUAAACAUAUAAACAGUAAAAUAAACAAAUAAAAACAAAAAUGAACAAAAAUCUUU